UGCUAACACUAAGUAUUGAAAAGUGAAGUAUAAUUGUCGUGCACACAGCACUCAUUGUUUGCAACGUCACUUUAGUCGGUUUUCGGUAACGUUAAAGAGGUUAUCGACCGGUGUCUAUCAAAAAGUGCUAUUUUUUUUGCCACACGCAAGCACUGUUGUUUAAAAAAAGAAUGGAGCGACAAUGCCAAUGUGGUGGUUCUCACGACGAAAGGGAGCUUGGAGUCCAGUAUAAUUUGUACGAAAAAAUUGAUUUACAAAAUGUUGAGUGCCUUAACGAACUGGCGGAAGGUUCUGGAGUUAAAGUUUUCAAGUCUUGGGAAGAGCGUCUGGACCACACAAAGUAUGUUGAAAGUGAUGUAGAUGAGGAACUUCUUUUUAACAUACCAUUUACUGGUGAUAUUAAGCUCAAAGGUAUUAUCAUAGUGGGAGGACCAGGCGAGUCUCAUCCUACUGAAGUUAAAUUAUUCAAAAACAGAGAAGGAAUGACAUUCGAUGAAGCUGCCAGCGAACCUGAACAAAAGUUUGAGUUAGUUAUUGACCAAUAUGGUGUUCAUGAGUAUCCUGUCAAAGUGGCAAAAUUUUCUUCAAUGCAUUACCUUACCCUCCAUUUUACCGGAAACCAAGGAGCGGAGAGGACUAGAAUUGAUUACAUUGGACUCAAAGGAGAAUGGUCACCUGGGCACCGUCAUGGAGUGACUAUUUGCUCGUAUGAAGCCAUUCCACAGCACCAAGAUCAUAUUACUAGUGAUGACAGUCACUCUGAUUUUUCACGUGAAGUUUCAUAAUUUUAAGCUAUUGCUACUUGUAUAACUGAGAAGUAAUUUAAGUCUGAUACCUUAUAAGUAAAAUUAUUU